CGUGCAGUUGCUCGAAUGGGAGUGGGCGAGCUGGGAUAGGCUGGGAGUUUGGUCGGAGCCGUCAGCGGGACGGGACAAGGCACAAGAAGGGGGGCAAACGAAGAACCGACCGACUAUUAACUUCUGCCUUCUCAGCGGCUGAAUGUUGGACAGGAAAUUUGACCAGUUUGACGUAGACAGCUUUACGGAAAAUACCAUUUGUUGCAUUCAGAGGUCCGGGUCUGAGCGGCGCGGAUGACAAAGAAGCGUCCCCGUGCAAACUUUCUCAACCGGGUGUGAUCGCUGUUAAAACCCAACCGGGAAUUCCGUUUUUCUUUUUAUCGGAGGAGUAAAGAAGAGGACAUCAUGCCUAGGCGCACCGUGCAAGAAGUAACGGUGCAAGAUGUCCAGAAAAGGAGAAAUCCGAACAAACACUACGUUUACAUCAUCAAAGUGUCCUGGAGCGAUGGCAGUACAGAAAGCAUUUUCAGACGCUACAGCAAGUUCUUUGACCUCCAGAUGGAAUUGCUGGACAAAUUCCCGGUGGAAGGAGGCCAAAAAGACCCUAAGCGCAGGAUCAUUCCAUUCCUACCAGGGAAGAUCCUGUUUAGGAGGAGCCAUAUCAGAGAUGUGGCCAUGAAAAGGCUAAGGCCCAUCAACGAGUACUGCAGGGCCCUCAUUCAGCUUCCAGUGUACAUCUCCCAGUGCGAAGAGGUCAGAGUGUUCUUCGAAACCAGACCUGAAGAUAUCAACCCACCCAAGGAGGAACCCAUUAGCAAGAAGAAAUCAGGGAUUGUGGAGAGAGCGACUGCUUUCCUAAACCGAGGAGAUUCCUCCGCAGCAGACCCUCUCCUCCUCGACCAGUAUGUGGCAGUCACAGACUAUGAGAAGCAGGAGAGCUCUGAGGUCAGCCUGCAUGUGGGUCAGGUGGUCGAGGUCAUUGAAAAAAAUGAGUCUGGCUGGUGGUUUAUCAGCUCCGAUGAUGCCCAGGGCUGGGUCCCUGCUACUUGUCUUGAGGCACAGGAUGACCCUGAUGACUUCACUAUUCCAGGGGAAGAAGAUGAGAAGUAUACAGUGAUUUACCAGUACUCGGCCAGGGACCAAGAUGAGAUCGACCUGGAGAGAGGCAUGAUUGUCGAGGUGAUUCAAAAGAACCUGGAGGGCUGGUGGAAGAUCAGGUAUCAGGGUCUUGAGGGCUGGGCCCCGGCCUCCUACCUGAAGAAGACCGACCUCCAGGGCCAGAAGCAGACAGCGGGCGCUGCUGCUCAUGCCAGCACCAAUGACUUAGAUGGGCUUUCUAAGCAGAACCAACAAAAUAAUGCAGCCAAAGAGAACCAAGACAACAGCCAAAAAGAAAACAGACUGUCCUUUUUUUCUGAGAACAAACUCAAAGUGGGAUUAAGACACCGACCUCCUCCACGCAGAGAUCUUACUAUUCCACGUGGUACAAACCUCCCCAAGCCACCGGUUGCUCCCCUGGUUGAGGAAGAGUUCUACACCAUAGCAGACUUCCAGACCACAAUCCCUGAUGGUAUAAGCUUCCAAGCUGGAAUCAAAGUUGAGGUGAUAGAGAAGAAUAAUGGUGGUUGGUGGUACAUCCAGAUUGAUGAGAAAGAGGGCUGGGCCCCUGCCACCUUUAUCGACAAGUACAAGAAGACCAGCAAUGCAGUGCGCCCUAACUUCCUUGCCCCUCUGCCCAAUGAGAUGGAGAAGCUGAGACUGGAAAAUGGUGGUUCUUCAAAUGUUUCAGGCACAGAUGACAGCUGGUCCAAGCCUUUACCAGAUGAGCCAACCACUGCCCCUGACUCCUGUGCCCGGCCUAAGCUGAGAGAUUGGAAGGCCAGUGCCAACAAGGUUCCCCCUACCCUUGCUGGGCCUUUACCUCCAGCCCCAUCAGCCCCUCCAGCUGAAGAGAAACCAGCUCUGCCUCCUCGAAGGGAGUCCAUUAAUAAGAGCUUUGAUUUGGAGGUAUCAGAGAAACCGAGGCCUGAUCUUUCCAAACCUUUGCCUCCAAAACCCCAAGCUCCUGGGGUCAUCAUGCCGCUGGUUCCACCCAAAGCAGCCCCCUUCAAACCGGACAAACCACCUGAGAACAAGAAAGAAGAUAAAAGCAAAGUACUUCACCUCCGGAAUGAGAUGGGUCUUGAAUGUGGCCACAAGAUCUCUGCCAAGGAGGUGAAGAAGUUUAAUCUGAAACCCGUACCUAAGCAGCCGCCAAAACCCAAAGUAGAAGCACAGGAGGAGAAACCAGAUGCAGCCGGCCCCGCAGUGUUUAUGAAACCGAAGCCAUCGAUCCGACCUAAACCGGUUCCAGCCGCCAAGCCAGAUCCUCCGGCAGAAAACAAACUCGACAUCACUAACCUGAGAAGCAAACUGAGGCCUUCAAAACCUGCAGAUCCCAGCUCAGAGGCAAACUCUCAGAAUGGGGCCACAACAGCAGAAAAGAGUUCCCAUCCCUCUGCACCCCCUAGCUCUCCCCCCCAUCAUAUCCCUACUCUCAGCAAUGGUAAGCACUGCGACGAGCCAAAACUCCCCCCAAAACACAUAAAUGGUCACAGACUGGAGAUCUCACCUCCUCCGGCAAAACCAGCAGUGCCUCCCCACAAGGAACCCCCACAGAGACCCCCCAAUAUGCUUCCAAGGAGACCUCCACCUCCAAAGAAGACGGACCCGUCCAGCCCGACCGAGUCCAAGCCUCCACCUGCUCUAAGAGAAAUCCAGGACCAUCCCAAAGGCCCCCCACCCAGCCUCAGCAGACCCCCUCCUCCUAAACCAAAGGGGUUUAUGCCACCACCUCCUAAUAAAGAUAAAGAAGAGCCCAAAUGUAAUAAAGUCCCGGUUCCUCCCAAGCCUCAGUUGAAGCCCGGCCCCCCCAAGGACAAGCUUCCACCGUUACUUAUGGAGCCCAGUAAGGAUGAGCUGUAUUUAGCGGUGGCAGACUUUGAAGGGGAUGACCAAACAUCCAGCUUCAAGGUGGGUACGGUGUUUGAAGUGAUGGAGAAAAACAGCAGCGGCUGGUGGUUCUGUAAGAAUGUAGGACAGGAAGUCGAGACCUGGAUCCCCUCGAAUUACCUGAGCAAGAAACCUUAGUGCGACGUGCUCUCAAAUCCAUGACCACAUGAUUAAACAAACAAACAAAAUAUCACUACUUUGUAGUUAAUAGGCAUUUUUUAUUUAUAGGUACCUUUUUUUUAAUAACUGUUUUAAGUAACGUUUUUGUUUCAUUUUGAUAAAAAACAUUACUCAAACUGAACCAGCAAUAACACUUCACCUUGUUGUGUCCUAUGAUGUUUACGUUCUUUGGUUUUUAUCUCAAUUUUACAUGUAAGAAGUGUUGCUUUUGUUGCAGUAUUCUAGUCCCAGCCUGUGUCAGUCUUGCUUUUACUUAGGCUAGACUCUAGAAUAGGAAAUAGGAAAUAGGGAUCCUAUCACAGAAAUAAAGCAGAUAAUGUAUCUUUACCCAUGCCUUCUAUGAUAUCGUGCCUCUAUAUUAUAUGCAAAGUGCUUCAGUGCUUAUUAGACUGUAUGCAACUGUAGACAUAGUCAAUAGCCGCGUUCACACCGCAGUACUUUUCCCACUUUAGUUCCGAUAUAGUUCGUUGUUUGACAAAAAUAUCGAACUUUUACAUCACAGGAGAAAAUGCUAGGUGUUCAAAUCCAGCUGUAGACAAAAAAGAUCUAUGAGACAAAGAUUGCACAUGAACUCACUGGGGGAGUUCCACGACUACAUUUGGGCUUUUUAGUGCUAUCAGAAGUGACUAAAACAGACAUUGUUGCCGAGUAGAAUACUGUUUGUUAUACUAGAAACAUGCAUAUAAGGUUUUCUGCUAAUGUAUUGCUUUAUUUUGUUGGCUGCAUAAUUGUGGUUGCAGUGACUUGUAACAGAUGUGCACUUUUUUCCGUCAUUUCACACAAAACCAUUUUGAGGUUUGCACACGCUGAACGAAGGGGAGGAAUGCCACAGUGCAUUUUAUUUGACAUGUUAUUAGCCAUGUUUUUUAUACUCACUGUAACACAUAUUCACCCAUGUAAAGAUGAGGCUAGAGCAAACAAACUAAAACGUUUCAAAGAAUCUCUGUGUGAACGUAUUUGACCACAAUCAUGUUAUAUUACACCCAAAAAAAAGAAGUGUGAAAUGGGACUUAAAGAGCACAUCUGCAAAUCUGUAUCAGAUGUCUGACCUAAGAAAUUGGUGACCUACAGUGAUAUGUGCAAUGAUUUACAAUAUUGUAAGUGUAAAGUCUUUCGUUAACCGAAGUCUGGUGCUAAAAUAACAGCAAAGAAUGACCAUUGUAUAAAAAUAAUGUUUGACAUUAAUGCUUGACUGGUAUCAAGCAUGGUGAGUAUAGCUAAAUAUUUUUUAUUGUACAGAAAUGAAAAGGCAUAUCUUAGCUGUUGUCACUUUUUCUUUGAUGGUCAUUCUGUCAUCUAUUUUACUCUGUACUGAGGAAGAGGAAGAAAGAGCCAAGAAGGAAUGUAGUUGUUGGAAUUAUGGGAUUUGCUAAUAAGAGGACGUAUAAAGAGCAGCGUCGUUUUUGUUGAAAAAAAGUAACCUAAAGAAUUAUGUGAACUGGAUUCUCAUUUCUCACCAGGUUGUCGAGAAAUGAUUGUCUACAUACAUUGUUAGGUUUGCUAAAUAAAUAAGCAAAAUUGGAACGUAAAAAACAAGUUAAUUGUUUGCUAAACAAUCAGACAAGGCUACAAGCUGUAACACCGCUUUUAGUCGCUAUAAUGUUGUCACCUUACGUUCGUGUUUAAUACAGAAAAAUGCUGAAGGUUCCCAGACAGAAAAUGUUAUUGUCGGGGGUUAUUUCAUGAGGACAAAAGGCAGGUACAGAACGGGGUAAGAAAAAUGUAUGGGUUGAUGGUGUCAUCAUUUCAGUAUUGUAAUCAUAUAUACUUUUUUUGCUAUGUACUUUUCAUUACAUAAAGUCUCAUGUUGCUUAAGUCAAUAAAAGUUUCAGAUUUUUCAAUUCA